AUGGCCACCAUGAUCAUGGAGCAGAUCAAGAAUUGCAAAGAAACAAUAGAGACUGAAAUCCGUGAGAACAAGAAUGGCGUCCGCUACAUCCUCGCAGCGGUCUUCGCUCUGACCGGAUACCUUCUCCCCACAGCUUGGGAUCUACCUGAGAAGCCCAUUCCUGCAGUGUUUGGAUUUCUUCAAUUUAUCGGUGCCCCAUUAGCGUACACCGGCUACUAUGUCGUCAACCACCACGACGACGUCGACAGUCCUUCCCUGACCUUGGAUCUCCUAAUAUGGAGCGUGUUAGUCGCGUGGUGCGUGUUGGCCAUCGGCUGCGUCGUCGUAUACGACCUGAAUAUCUUUGUCGGUGCUGGCACGGCCUUCUGCUUCUACUCCUUCAAUCGGUUGGCGAAGGAUUGCUGGGAGCUAGCGAGCGAGGACGCUUGGAUGGGGGAAUGUUACUGUCCGUCUGAUUAUGCAGAUUCGGAUCAGGAGAAGCUGCGUGCACAAGAGCGAGGCAAGGAUUUUACGAUCUUUGAUUGGGUAAUGGAUGGUAAGGGCAGCUCUACUUCGCUGGCCUACACGCUGGACGAGCAUAGGGAGAUGUGGAAUAGCUCCGAUGACGCGGCGCAGUGGGAUGAGGAACAUGUCGAAGUGGAUGACUUCACAUCAUGGGAUAUGGCCUCUGACUCCGAAUAG